GACGCGAGCGGGGACCAGGGCGGCCGCGCGAGCGAGCGAGCGCCGGAGCCAGCCGAGCCGCUCCGGGGCCCGCGGAGACAUGAGCGCCCGGCGCCGCGCACCCAGAGCCCCGUGAUGGGCUCCUGCGUGUCUCGAGAUCUGUUCACAAGUGCCCACAAGGACCCCCCUGUGCCCCAAGGCAUGGACUCCUUGAGCCCAGACUUGCCCUCCAUUGCUCCAGACCAUGUCAUUGGCAAGGACAAACAGAUGGAUUUCUGUUGGGAUCCUUGGCAGAGGUGCUUCCAGACCACCAGCGGCUACCUGUCUGACUCCAGGUCCUGCUCCAGCAGCUACAAUGUGGCAGCCCUGGCCACCUCAUCCCUUGUGGGAGUGGUACAGAGCAUCAAGGACCACAUCACAAAGCCCACAGCCAUGGCGCGUGGCCGCGUGGCCCACCUCAUCGAGUGGAAGGGCUGGACGGCCCAGCGGUCUGGCUGGCAGCUGUCCCCGGACGAUGACGAGCACUACUGCUGCCUCUCGGACGAGCUGCGCGAGGCACGUUUCGCCGCAGGGGUCGCUGAGCAAUUUGCCAUCACAGAGGCCACACUGAGCGCCUGGUCUUCACUGGAUGACGAGGAACUGCACCCCAUGAACAGCCCCCAGGACAUUGUCCAGCUUCAGGAUCUGGAGAGCGUCUAUCUUCAGGACAGCCUUCGAAGCGGCCUCUCGCUGGACGACAGCCUCCUGGCCUUCUCCUCCUCUGGCCUCUCCCGGGAUGGAUGGCCCUCCCCUGAGGAGCCCCCCAUCUCAGUGGCUGACCCCCAGAUCUCCAAACCUGGAGAGCAGCAACUUGGGGACCCAGGGCCCGAGGGAGGUGCCGGCCUGCAGGGAUCUCUGCUAUUAGUGGACUGCAGCCCCCCAUUUGAGGAGGAGGAGGAGGAGGAAGAUGAAGAAGAAGUGUUCUAUAACUGAAAUCCCAUGUGUGCAUAGAGCCAGUAGAGACAGGGACCAGCACUCCCAGGGGCCACUGGGUUUCUCCCCAUUUCUCUGCUCAAGAGGACAGGGAGGACAUCUUCCCCCUGCAGAAUUUUCACCAUGGGCCCACUCCAGGGCUCAGUAAAGCCCGAGUUCUGCUCAGGUGCUGACCAGGGGAACUGUCAGGGAUGAGUCUGGGUCCUGACUCCAGGUCCUGCCCCUCUGCUUCCCACUGUGCUCCAUGCUCUGUCUGUGCUGGGUAGUUAAACAU